AUGCUGUUUUUAAUCGCUCUGUCUUUGCUAUCCACCGUUCUAUCAGCGAGGGAACCUAAGCAGAUAACCCUCGCAAAUCAAGGGGCCAUCGCUGGAAUGUACAUCACCAGGUUUCGGACUAGACGUAUUGCUGCAUACCUAGGUAUACCAUACGCGCAGCCUCCAGUGGAGUUCCGACGGUUCAGUCCACCAGAGUACACCGAUCUUCCCCAGUGGGAAGGGGUGAGGAACGCAACGGUGUUUGCACCGGACUGCAUGCAAAGUGAUCCCAAAAAGGAAGAUGUGCAGAACCCUUUGAAUAAACACGAUGAAUUAUUCACGAAGCUUCUAGAAGGGCAGAUGGAGGAGCCGAGGAAGAAGGAGUAUUCGGAGGAUUGUCUCUAUUUGAAUGUUUACGUGCCAGACGGUGAGUGA